GCAUGCAAGGGGCAGAACUUUCACUAUUUCAGAAGUGAAGUGUCUAGCUACAUUUCUCAGCUCAAGUCUCCUCUCUUGACCGUCCCUGGACGUGACGCUCUCCUGCAUUUUGAAGACCGCAAUCUGCAAUGUGCCUCUUGUCUUGGAUGAUGUGCCAAUCUAUGCUUGGGCUUUAACGCGCCGAGGGCCUUGAUACAGUAGUGCAGAUUGUGAUAGCUAGUAAUGACCCAGGUUGUGGACUUGGAAGAUUAGAUUCACGAGAGACUCUGGAUUCAGGAGUUUUUAAGGACGUGGUUGUAAGCUGUUUUAGUUUUCUGGAAGUUGUAGCCACGUCUGCAAGCUGCUAAGAUUUUGAUGCAGAUGUUGCCAUCGUAGUGCUGGCGGGCUGUUGCUUAGGGGGUAAGCCAACCCACGAAUGCCACCUGGGGGAGGGAAGCCGAUGGCAAAGCACGCGCCAAUAAUAGGAAGCUUGCUCAACAAUCGAAGGCCACUGCUCCUGGGGUUCUGUUUCCUGCUCGGCUUUUUGCUGGGGGUGUUUGACACGCGCCGCUUCGAGGCCUCUUUUCCGGACGCCGUCUCCCACAGCUUCCCGGGGCAGGCCCUUGAGGAUGAGCAGCGCGGCCUGGUGGGUGCGGGGGCCAGCCGCAUCCUGGUGCAACAGCAGCUGCCGGCGCAGCCACGCCUCGAGGCGCCCGUCCAGCUGCUGAUUGUCACACCCACGUACAAUCGGCCCUUCCAGGCGAUGUACUUGACGCGGCUGGCGCACACGCUGCGCCUGGUGCGGCCGCCGGUGCUGUGGAUCGUGGUAGAGACGGGGUGGCAGAGCGAGGAGAGCGUGGCGCUGCUGAUGCGCACGGGGCUGAUGUACCGCCACCUGGUGGUGCAGCAAUUCAGCCCGCAGCACAAGGACCGCGGCGUGCACCAGCGCAACCACGCGCUCGACCACAUCCAGCAGCACGCGCUGCAGGGCAUCGUCUACUUUGCGGACGACGACAACAACUACAGCGUCGAGCUCUUUGAGGAGAUCCGCAAGGUCAAGCGCUUUGGCGUCCUGCCGGUGGCCAUGCUCGUGGAAGGCGCCGAGAAGACGACGAUCGAGGGGCCUGUGUGCGCCGGGGGGCGGGUCAUCGGGUGGCACACCAGCGAAGAGAGCGCGGCGCAGCGGCGCUUCCACUCGGACCUGUGCGGCUUUGCGUUCAAUUCGUCGCUGAUGUGGGAGCCAGGGGGUGAGGGACGGCGGAGGAACGCGCCGGUUCGGUUCCGGGAUAACAUCAAGGAGGGGUUCCAGGAGACGACGUUUAUCGAGCAGCUGGUGGGCAGUGAGGCGGAGAUGGAGGGGCUGGCGGACGACUGCCGGGAGGUGCUGGUGUGGCACUUGCGCGCAGAGGCGGCGCGGGACAGCGUGUAUCCGACCUCCUGGAUGCUGCGCGCCAGCAUGAACAUCACCACGCCCGCAAGGACGCCUGAGUCAAUACGCGAACCUUAGGUUGGGUCCAUUGACACCAUACUAACUCAUCCGCACGAGUCUGAAACCAGCUUGCUGCACGCUGCAAUUGUGAGGACCGUGCGUUGUGCUGAUGUGGCGCAUAACGAUUCGGACAAAUGUUUUGAAACUGCUUAUGUGAGCGCUUGUCAAGUUGUCCAACAGAUGAUCGGCAGGCUUGGGUCUGAUGUUUCAAUCUAAUUCGUAUCCUCGGGUGUAGAGAUCCGGAU